AUGGCUGCCUCACCGCCUGCUGACCACGGCAUACCCUCUGAGGGUAAAUGGGCCGGGGCUGACGACCAGCAUUCCUCUGAUGGUCCCACUCAUGCUCAGACAAACGGCAAUGGCAACGACGCAACGGAGCGCCCUGCUGAAUCAGAGAAGGCCGACUACUCUCGCGGCAACGGCGAAAACGAAGACCCCCCUGACGAGAAGGGUGGAAGCCCCUACAGGGAGCACGGCGACAGGCAGGCCAAGCCCAACAAGGUGUACAUCGGAGGCUUGCCCGAACACACUCGUCGAGAAGAUUUGCAGAGCUGUUUCGGCAAAAUAGGAAACAUCGUUAACAUCGAGUUGAAAGUUGGCUAUGGCUUCGUUGAAUUCGAGACUCGCGAAGCAGCUGAGGAGAGCGUUGCCAAAUAUAACGAAGGCUACUUCAUGGGAAACAAGAUUCGUGUUGAGAUUUCGCAUGGAGGUCGAACUGCGAAGUACCAGAGUGAGCCGGGAGCUUGUUUCAAGUGUGGCCAGCUCGGUCACUGGGCUCGCGAGUGUCCCAAUUCAGGCCCUCCGUCACGUCGGGGUCCACAUGGUGCUGGCGGCGAUCCUCCCCUCAUUGAUCGUAUCCAUCCUGCCAGAGACUAUCCUCCGGCACCUCCUCCAAGAGACUACCCUCCGUACGCCAGAGAUGAGUACCCCCGCUAUCCCCCGAGAGAUAGAGCUUUUGGUGGCUAUGACUACCCGCCACCUCCUGGGAGGGACUUGCGCCGACCGCCCUCUCCACCAUAUCGUGGUCCUUCUCGCGACUAUCCGCCGCCCCCACCAAGGGUUGGCCGUGAUUACGACGAUUACAGAAUGAGAGGCCCGCCUCCUCCCCCUGUGCCCGUUCCUGCGGGGCGCUUUGGCCCGGGAUAUGUUCCUCCUCCGUUCCCCCCGGACGACUAUCCUCCUCCUCGAGCAGGUUAUGGUGGACCUCCUCCCGUCCGGGAACCUUAUGACAGAUACGACCGACGGGGUCCGCCCCCGCCGCCGGUAGAUAGGUAUUCCGGAUAUCCACCUCCCGUUAGGUCGAGGACUCCACCCGGUGUCCCGCCGCCUCGUAUCAGAGACGACUUUGAUAGACCUGGACCUCCUCGGUACGCGGGCUUUGGCAGCAACCUCUCGCUCAUCUUGCUGAGUGUGAAUAUAGUGACUAUCCCCCUGGAGGACCUCCGGAAUUCCGCGGAAGGCCCAUCACCCCGCCUCCGGCUAGAUAUGGGGAUUAUCCGCCCCCACGCACUGCGAGCCCUACGGGUAGCGCUAGAUAUCGCCGGCGCUCCCAAAGCCCGCUUCCGCGCUCCAGUUCCGGCGCAAUACCCUUCGACGGUCCUUAUCCCCCUCCUCCCGGCGAGCGUUUCGGUAAUGGAUAUGCUGGUGGCCCUGGCGGACCUCCUCCAAUGCCUCCUCGAGGCGGUUCUAGGGACUAUCCUCCUCGCGGCGUGGGCGAACCUGGCGGCUACAGGAGACCUUGAAUCAUUCCUUCCUACGCUGCCACCCAAAAGGUUAUUGACGCUACCCCCCGGCAGCCCCCGUUCUCUGCUCUAAGCUAGACUAUAUCUGCUUCGACGUAACAUCUUGAGUUGUGCUCUUGCUAACUGUGCCAUGGUUUUUGCUUCGUUGUGGUACCGUCUUGGACCUGGCGACCAAAACUGACAUGUUGUACUGGACCUGGCCGAUAUCUAUAUAAAAUGAGUGUCC